AUGUCUCGAGGCCAAGAGCAGAGAGGACGCGAUCUACCGCCCGUGUCCACUGGUGAGUUUGUUAAGGCAACUUCCGGGAGUGCCGCUGGCGAUUUGCGUAGGCCGUCUACUUUGCUGGGACGGCGAGCGUCAGGAGCCUCUUCUUCUCGAGCGCCGGGGACGCCAGUACCUGAGUGCAUUCUUGGUGCCGGUGGCGGUGAAGAGCGUUCACCAGUGGGACCCUUUGAGGCGGAGACCGAGCCAGACAGCGGAAGCGCCAAACGACCGGCGGAGCUUGACGCCGAGACCUUGCGAGACAAAGCCCAGGGGAGUGAUGAACCCGUUUCGUUUGAUGCGAUGGUGAUGGAGCACUCUGAAGUGCUCGCGGCAGCGCAGGCCCGUGAAGGUGAAGUCCAUCCUCUGGUCAAGUUGCAAGCGCAGGCCGCGAUGGACCGGCUGUCGGGAGACAUUGGCGAGGCAGGCGACCAUGGAACAUGGGAUGGUCGGUGGCCGCUUCCUUCGAGAACGGAGUACGACGCCUUCGUGCAUGCUGGGUUGAAGUGGCCGACCACCAGGGACGCUUUUGUGGUGCAGGCCGCCCGGAAGGAGUAUCAUUGGAGUUCCAUGGGGCCGGAGCAGAAAGCAGCUUUCAAGGAUGCCGCUGCUGAGGCGUGGAAAGUGUGGCUCCGGAAUGAAGCGGUGGAAGUUCUCUCCGAUGCCGAGUCGGAGAAAGUCUGGGCCACUCUUCGGCAACGUGGCGAGCUCCAUAAAGUCCUUACCCCUCGAUUUGUCUAUACAGACAAAAACGAUGGGCAGAGGACCCAGCAGAACAACUUACCCUUGAAGGCGUCCGCCCGACUCGUUGUGCCAGGAUACAAAGACAUCACCGCCUAUGGUCUUCGAAAGGACGCCCCAACCGCCAGCCGAACCAGUCAACACCUUCUCUUUUCGGUGGCUGCAAGCAGGUUUCAAGAUGGCUGGCGGAUGGGCACUGCUGAUGUGAAAAGCGCCUUCAUGAAAGGGGAGCGCUACAUGGAGGGGACCCGAGAGCUCUACGUCAAGAACGUCGAGGUGCGAGGCGACAGCCCUUCGCUUCCUGUUGGGAGAAAGUUGAGCCGAGUGCUCAAGGGAGUCUUCGGCCUCGCUGACGCACCGCGUGAGUGGUUUCUUCGUCUCCGCAAGAGUGUGGUUCGACGCGGUUGGCGGACCUCGACAAUGGAUGCGGCAACUUUCUUUCUGUGGUCUAAGGACUCAACUCCGAGGCUUCUGGGAAUGCUUUGCAGCCACGUUGACGACCUCCUGUUUUGUGGUGGGCCGGAAGCUUGGAGCUCAAUCCGCGAGCUUGGGGACGAGCUGGGCUUCGGCUCCCUAGAGGAGAACACUUUCGUUUACUGCGGAAAGCGAGUUACCCAGGACCUGGCCUCGGGAGAAGUGACCGUCUCCAUGAAGGAGUACCACCAGAACCUCAAGGAAGUGCGGGUGCCGAGCUCCCGACGGAGGGACCCCGAUGCCUCCCUGACGCCAGGGGAGCAUAAGCAGCUUCGAGCCCUCGUGGGUUCUCUUCAGUGGCUGGUGGCCCAAGUUCGCUUUGACGCUGGCUUCUUGCUCUCGGCGCUGCAGGCAGAGACGCCUACCGUGAACACCCUUUUAAAGAUCAGCCAGCUGAUCAAGCUCUUCAAGGAGACGGGUGACUUUGAACUUCGUUUUCGUCCACUGGACCUCCGGAACGCGGGGAUCCUCGUGGUGACGGACGCCUCCCUGGGCAACGUGACGCGUGCAGGUGCAGUCGGUUCGCAACCCUUGGAACGAGUCUACAGCCAGAGCUGUUACUGCGUACUGCUGGCCGAGGCCUCGUUGAUGCGAGGCGAGAAAGGAAGGUUCACUGUCUUGGACCACCGCUCGCAUCGGCUACAGCGUGUUUGUCGCAGCACGUUUGCGGCAGAGCUUCUGGGUGUCGAAGAGGGCACAGACGCUGGGCAGUACUGCCGUGGUCACGUGGCUGAGCUACAAGGGUACGACCUUGGACACCGUGGCGUGGACUGCAUCCUCGACAACAUCGACAUGGUGAUUGUCACCGAUGCCAAGGACGUCUACGACAAAGGAAACAGCGACACCCCAAGCUACGGAAGCCAAAAAUCAUUGGCUUUCACAGUGGCCUGGCUUCGAGGAAUGCUCGGCCGGGGAAACACGGCGUUACGCUGGACGGCGACGGAAAACAUGUUCGUCGACUGCGGGACCAAAGAAAUGGAUGGAGCCCACAUGCGGAAGAUUCUGGGUGAGGGAGAAUGGAGCUACCGCUUUGACGCUGACCUCGUGAAGCAGACCGUUCGAGCCCGAGCACCUGUCCAGCGAGGACCCCGUGUGCUGAGUGGGCAGAGCGUAGCUCCAAGUGAUCCCGUCCUCGCCUUUUUGCAGGGACUUUCAACCCAGAAAGGAUGGCAUCGGAGAAACACGACGGCUAUCCAGGUAGCCCACGGUGCCAAAAGCUAUCGUAAUCCCGAACCCCGUUUCAGCCGUGAAGAGUACCCGUAUCGUACUACGUAUGGUCUUUUCCAUGAUGAAGAAGGCAGAGGCGAGUGGCGUUUGCUGGAACGGGAUGAAGGCUACGGUAAGCUUCUUAAGUUGCCUCGCACUCGCCACAUCGCUGCGGUGUCCAGAAAAGCUCGAAACGAGUCCCCCGGCUGCAGCGAGCUGGUGCUGUCCUGGUUGGUGGAGGAGGCCCAAAAGCCCUUCAACCUUCGGGACGAGCCCCUGAUCCGGAUCGUCCUUGCAAAGGUGGGGUCGGAGCAGCAUUUUCUGCUGGUGAACAUGCACCAUUCUGUCACGGACGGACGAUCGCUUUCCAUUCUCAGGCAGGAGUUGACAGCCUUCUACAACCAGAUUGCUUUAAAGCUGGCAGAGGCCCCAAAGCUCCCAGCCUUGUCAAUGCAGUACGCAGAUUUCGCAUACUGUCAGAGACGAUGGAUGGCCCAGGGUCGUCUUGAGAGGGAGCUGGCCUACUGGCGCUCCCAGCUUCAGCAGCUUCCGGCGCUGCAGCUCCUCACGGAUUUCCCUCGCCCGCCCAACCUCGCGCUGGACGGAGGUCAAGUUACGUUUCAGUUGCAGCCAGCACUGGCAAAUCGGCUCCGCAGCCUUGCGCGUGCCAAGAGCGUCACGCUCUUUGCACUUCUCCUAGGCCUCUUCGCCCUGGCACUGAGCCGCUGGGCAGGGGCGCAGGAUCUCGCCAUCGCAUCGCCGGUGGGCCACCGCCAGGGGAAUGCCGUCGAACCGCUGAUUGGAUACUUUGUGAACACUGUGCUCUUCCGGGUGAACUUGAAGACCCCAUGCACAUUCGAGGAUCUCCUGCAAAGAUUGCGCGAUGCAGUGGUCGGGGCUUUCCAGAAUUCAUCGGCUCCGUACGCAAAGGUUCUGGAGGCUGCGGAGCUUGAUCCGGCUGCUGUGCCAGCCAUGUUUGUGCUGCAGGACAGAGACGAGACGGCAUGGAGCAUGGAGGGCUUGCGAGUUGAACAAGUCGAAAUCCAGCGGCAUGCGGCCCUCUUCGAUGUCACUUGCGAGAUGCAGGAGAUGCCUGGAUCCGCUGGAGGACUCCAGGGAGUCCUGGUCUACAAUAAACACCUGUGGACCAACUCACGUGCCGUGCGUUUUGCUGAGAGCCUCCAGACGCUGGCUCUGGCUGUGGCGGAGCAGCCCGCAGUGGACCUGCUCCAGCUUGCGGUCCUCUCCGGCAACGACCGGGCCAAGGUCCUGGACUGGGGCGGCCACAACCGACCCGUCCCAUCGCCCACGCCGCUGAUCAAGGCUCUGAAAGUGCAACUUCUCCAGAGCCAGCAUGACAUCGCAGUGCUGUCUGGGGACCGGUCCGUCACGUACGCAGAGUUUGGCGCGCGUGUGACGGCCCUGGCCUUGGCGCUGCGGGAGGAGCUCUCGGAGGCGUUGGACUCGGAGGUCUUGGUUGCCUUGCUGUUGCCCCGGUCCGUGGACUUGGCCGUUGCGAUCUGGGCUGUCUUGAGCACGGGGGCGGCCUACGUACCGAUUGACCCCGAGUACCCGCCACAGCGCAUAGAGCACAUCCUCCUUUCUGCCGGGCCGCAGUUGGCUUUGGCCCGCAAGGAACAUGCAGAGCUCCUACCUAGAGACCUCCGAGUCUUCGGCACGUGGCAGUGGCCAAGCCCACAGACCUCGGCCGCCUCGAUCCCCCGCGUGGAGGAGCUCACGCAGGCACCGCCGCAAGGCCUGGCCUACGUCAUCUACACCUCCGGCUCGACCGGCAAGCCCAAAGGGGUAGCCAUUGAGCACCGAUCGGCUGCGAACAUGGUGCAGGAACAGCUUUCCCUCAUGCGCAUUACCAGGGAGGAUCGCGUCCUCCAAUUCUUCAAGCCUGCCUUUGAUGGUGCCGUCCAGGAGUACCUGAGCACCUUCCUGGCUGGUGCAGCGCUUGUGCUUUGGGGCGAGGACAAGGAGGAGACUUUUGCAGAGGUCCUGUCGAGACACCGCUGCACCGCCUGCACUUUGACGCCGUCUGCACUGUCGGUGCUGGAUCCGAAGCGCCUACCACUGUUGACGAAGCUGGCAGUGGCCGCCGAAGCCUGUCCACCGACUUUAGUGGAGCUUUGGGCCUGCCAGCGCCGACUUCUAAAUGCUUAUGGCCCCUCGGAAAAUACCGUGGUUGCAACGUCCGCCGAACUCGGAGCCAGCGAAAGCUCCAACGACUUUAUCCUCCGAUCUGACUCCUUCGACAGCCUUAUGUCAACCCCUUCACGACAGCACGUGCCCAUUGGCACUCCCCUAGGAGGAGUGCAGUGCUAUGUCUUCGAAGCCACAGCAGUGAAGUCACUUCAGGCCAUCGGCACUCCCGGGGAACUCUGCCUCGGUGGGGUUCAACUGGCCCGAGGAUAUUUCGGCGAUGCAGCGAAGACGGCUGAGAAGUUCGUGAUCAACCCUCUGGGAUGCCAAAAGAUGCAGCGAAUGUACAAGACUGGUGACAUCGUGACUUGGCUCCCGCAGGGACAGUUGCUCUACCUGGGCCGGAAUGAUGAGAUGGUGAAGCUGCGAGGCUUCCGCAUCGAGCUGAGCGAAGUGGAGGCGGCGCUGGCGGCACUGGGAGCGCAGGCUGUGGCUGUCGCCGUCAAUCCGGUCAAGGACGGUCUGUGGGCAUGGGUCACUCCUGAGACCUUGUCUCCAGCGACGUUGCGUUCAGAGCUGUUGAGGGCUCUGCCACAGUACAUGGUACCGACGAGGAUUGCAGUCCUUGAGAAGUUCCCGCUUACACCAAAUGGCAAGAUCGACAAAGCACGGCUUCUGGCGGAGAACUGCUCCGAGGCGCACACGGAGGGCCCGAUUGUGGGGCCGCAGUCGCCUCUCGAGCAGCGCCUUCGCGCCACUCUGGCCAAACAGGUGGUGCUCAGCUGGCCUCGCAUCAGACCAGGUGAGGGUUGUGGACAGUUGUGGAUGGAAUGUACUUCCAAACGCAAGGCCACGGCCGCAACGGUGCUUGGAUUGGAGACGUUGGGGCACCGUCCCGAGCGACACUCCGAGAGAGAGGGAGAGACAGCACAUCUUCAUCGUUUCAUCUCAGGGUCACAGCUGACUUGCGCAGCGCAGGGGGCUGAGACUCCAGAGCAUCAAGAGACCAGCAGUGAGAAAUCACCGAAGCCUGGCAGACUGCACAGCGGAGGUGGGAAUGACCUCAUUGAAGGCAGUGCUGCUUUCGCAAAAGCUGCGCGAUACAGGCGUUUGUCGAUUUCAUGUUGCUGUCAUGACCGGCCUUUGGCCAAACAGACCACACAUGCGGGUCUCACGAUACCUCUCUCCAAGCUGUACGAGCUGCAAACCGUUCGGGCACUGGCUGACCACCUGGCCAUGCAGGAGGAGACAGUCCUCGGUCCUGUGAAUGAGGCAGCAGAUGUGGAGUCCGGCCGCAGAAUUGAUCUAUGUCUCAGCGCCAGCCAGAAGGGCUGCUCAGGGUUCUUCCAGAGCAUGGCUGUGCUUUGCUGGCGGCUGCUUGCAUGGGUUUGGAUCAGCGGCGUCGUGAUUUGGCCCGCGAUGCUUCCAUUGAAGCUCUCUAGCCAGCUGGCUCGUAGUUCGGGCGCAGCCUGGUCGCUUUGUUUCAUGGUGCUCGUGGGAUAUCCGCUUUACCUUCUGCUGAUGAUUCUGCUCGUGAUCUGCACGAAAUGGCUCCUCAUCGGAAGGUACCGAGCAGGAGCCUGCUCGGUGAAUUCCUGGGCCUUCUUGAGGUGGUGGGCAGUAGAUCGGAUGUUGGUCUUCGUGAACGAGCUCUGCUUGGGAGCCUUUCGCGGGGGGCCGGUCUACUUCGCCUACCUUCGCUCGCUUGGCUUGCAGGCCGCCGGCUACUGCCGUAUCGACACGCGCCACGUCUCAGAGUCACUGCCUGAACGUGCCAUGUUCGACCUCAUCUCUUUGGGACGCUGCUGCGUUGUCGCCGAGGGCGCAAAGCUGCGCCCUGCCGCUGCCGAGGCCGGAGUGCUCCAGCUGCGGCCGCUGGCUUUUGGAGACUACUGCGCCGUGGGCGAGAACGCCGUCUGCACUGCUGGCUGUGCAGUGGGUGAUCAUGUGACCCUCCAGCCCCUGUCCAUGUUGUCGGGACGCAUCGGUCGAACUUUGCCAGAUGGCUCGGUCUGGAAGGGUGCUUUGCUGGUACAGUCCAGACAGCAACCGAUUCGGGUGCCUGCUGGAUUCCUCUGCCACGACCUUCUCGGGGACGUCUUUGCUCUGCUCCUCACACUUUUCCUGCAGACAGGCUGCAGUUUGGUGGCCUACGUCACUUUCGGGCUGCUGGCAGAGGCUCAAGGAUUCGGUGUGGGCCACGCUUGGCGCUGGCAGGCCGAGCCGGAAGGCUACCUGUUCGCUGCAACGUGGCUGCUGUUUGGUCCUCCGGUGAUGGCCUCUGCCGACGUUCUCUUGGAUAUUGAUUUGGCUGGACUGGCCGACCAGGUCAUGGCAUCGAUGGGCCUGAAUCAGUGGGAGUUCGGUCUGCGCUUGGCAGGCAUGGUGGUGGUGAGUUUCGCGGUAUAUGGCUGGUCGCUAACACUGAGCUCAGCGUUUCUUUGCAGGUACAUCCGCGGAUCUCGGAACUUGAACUCCUGGUUUUUUCAGGUGCGGCGUGUCGUGCUCAGGCUGACUUUUCCCCGAUACCCAGCACAGUUGGCAGGCACAUGGGCCAUGUCAUUGUACCUACGACUUCUGGGUGGACGAGUCUCUUUGCAUGCCACGGUGGCUGUGUCAGAACCACCGUUGGAACCGCGCAAGUUGCACGUGGGAGAGGGGGCACUGCUGCUCACUUACCAAGCCCUGGGUGAAUGUGAGGUGGGGCAGGGCUCCGUUGUAGGGGCUGGCGCCGUCCUCCUCCCCCAUUCACAGGUGGAGGCUGGAGCCGUGGUGGGCGCGAUGUCGGUGGCCGGCCGGCCGGUGCGUUCAGGUCUGCAGCUGGUGGGCAAUCCGGGAGUGAUCAUGAGGAAGGCAACCCUGGAGCAGGAGCUCAUGGCUGGAUGGGGAAGACACUUCCUGCGAAGGUCCGUGAAGUGCUUGUAUCCACUGGUGGCGCCCAUGUUCCUGCAAAUGCUGCUGUUGACGACCCUGCUGCCAGCAAUGUACGUGCUGACCGUGCUGCUGGACAUGCUCGUGCGCUCACAACAUGGUGCAGGCAGUGCUGGUGCACCGGUUACUCUCUGGCUCUGUGAAUGGCUCCUGGUGUGCGCAGCGACCCCAGUGUUGUUCAAGCCGCGCUUGCGACACAGCGCGGCUGACUGCUCAAGGUUCUCUGAGCAGUUGAACUCGAUGUCCAUUGCCAUCUUCAUGGGCAUGGCCUUCGGCUCGCCAUUCUACAACUUCUGGCUCAAGGCCAUGGGCGGCAACGUGGCCAGCGACGCCCUCCUCUUGACUGCUGUGGCAGGCGAUUAUCGGGCUUUGAAUAUUGGCCGCGGGGCUUCCGUCGACAAAGAGGCCGUGCUGUCCUGCAGACGUUUGCUUCCAGGACCGCAAGGUGCGGGGUUCUACAUCUGCCAAAGUCGAGUGGUCAUCGGACCUGGAAGCAGCGUAUCGCAUUCAGCAGCAGUUGUCGCAGGAGAGACAGGUAGCCUGAGCACUCUGGCACCUUUGUCCGCUGUCGCAGCCUCUACGCGGCUCCCUGCCCAGACCUUCGCAGUUGGUCUGCCACCUCAAGCAUUUCCAUGGUCCAAAGCCAGCCUGGUGAAGCCCAGUGCCAGACCGCUUCCGCGCGAGCUGCGCCCGCCGAUCCUUCUGCCCAUCUUUGUCAGCCGAGCCAUCGGCCGCAUGAAGGUGUUGCAGGGACAGCAGGCCGUCGACUUCACGCCCUUGGUCACCGGAUCCACCGGCUUCCUGGGAAGGAGCAUUGUGGCGGCGCUCCUGGAAUCGAGGGCAUGCAGUCGGGUCUUUUGUCUAGUGCGCGCUGCGGACCCUGCAGCCGCACAGCAGCGUGUCAUGGAGGCAGCCAGGAAGGCGGGUGCCACUGACUUGCACCUUCUCGAGGCUGUGCCUGGGGACUUGCAGCAACGAAAUUUCGGACGACCCCUUGCAGACGUGCAGCGUCUAGCAGGCCGCGUCACCCAUGUACUCCAUGCAGCGGCGAAGGUGAACUUGACUGAGCCGUUUGAGCUCAUGAAGAAGGACAACGUCGAUGCAACGGCUCAUCUUCUGGAGUUCUGCUGCAUUUCCAGACCAAAGCCUUUCCACCAUAUCUCCACCAUGGGUAUUCUGACGCCAGAUAUGCUGGACCGACACGGCAGCGUCCGGGAGACUGCGACGCUGGGGGACAUCCGAGCCUUGCCUCUUUACGGAACUGGGGACCAGGCCAACGGCUACCCUCAGAGCAAGUGGCUGGCGGAGGUGCUGGUCUUGGAGGCAGCCCGGCAAGGCCUGCCUUGCUACAUUCAUCGGCCUGGCCUCAUAGGCGGCCAUUCUGUGACGGGCGCAGCUGCCGAGGACGUGUUCUUCCACUUCCUGGCAGAUGUGCUGAAGCUCCGGCGUCUGCCGGGAAUGGAGGGUCGCAAGUUUAACGUGACGCCCGUGGACUGGGUGGCCAAGGCUAUUGCUCGCAUAGCUCUCCCGGGCUUCCUUGAAGAGGGCAAGCUUCCCAGUGGCAGUGUCUUCCAUCCGGCCGCGCCGCACAAUGCAAUCACCACUACCGUGCUGGCUGCCGUGCUGAAGCGCUUCGGGCACGAAGCCUCGGUUCUGAGUUGA